AUGGUGUCCCUCGUCAAAAAUGUCGUGAGUUGGGGAUCCAGCCACAGAACAAAGCAGCCUGUAGUAGUCGACUUGUGCGAGAUCUGCGGCAAGAAGCCAAAAUUCAUCGAAAAUGGCCACAAACAUCCAUAUUGCAGCAGGAGCUGCGCACGAAAUGGAGGCGGUCCUAGUCCGACGGUGUGUAUUCUUCAAGGGUGCCGUUCAACAGGCAAACCUGCGUUUGCAAACUUCUGCUCCGAGGUACAUGCUCGCGAAGGUGUACGCUUGGGGCAAGUCGAUAAAUGCGAACUGUGCGAAGUUCAGCCUCGUACUGUCGGGACGAUGUGCAUUCCUUGCGAUCGCGUCGUCCGUGUAGAGCCACAACUUCGAGAAUUAAGCUCCGGCAGCACUACUUACAAAAACUUAAGAGCUCAAUUUCUAAGUGAAUGGGAAUCACCUGGUUCAUCUCCGUCUUUUGAGAAGGCGUUCGAGAUCAUUCUUCCUAGAGAUGUCCGUCUUCGUCAUGAGCAAUACAGGCAAGCGAACCCAACACUUGAGGAAAUCAGAACCUUCCACAGCUCUCAGUGCAUUUGCGACUUGGGUACGAAAGAACCGACACUUUGCAACUUUAAAUCUUGUGGUAUUUGCAGUAUUGUCAAAUCGUGCUUCAAGUCGUUUGCCUUCGGAGCCAGCUAUAACAAUGGAAGAUUCGGAGAAGGCGUAUACUCGUAUCGCAAUCCUGCCUUGGCUGAUCGAUUUGCAACUUCGUGCACAUCUUCUCCGUACAGGGUCAUGAUUGCUUGUGAUAUCGCUGUCGAGUCAAACAAUGCGGGUGUCAAUAAUGAUACCGAUGAAGAAUCACUCUUCGUUCCGACAGCUGACGGUAUUCUGCCUGUGCAUAUCAUCAUUUACGCAACCAAUGUUUUGACUGAAGUUGGCAUAUAUCGUACCACAUUUCUCAACAUCGAACGAAUUGCGGAUGACACUGCACAGGUGACAUUUUGGGAGGUUACAAAGCCGAACCCUGCUCCCAUCUUCAACCAGGCCGCAAAAGCGAUUUGUUCCAUGGAAAAGCAGUUGUUCAUUAGCUGGAUUUUUUGUACGGUUUCGGAGCGACGGAGACGAUAUGACAAGAGCUCUGAGGUAUUUUCGUGGAUUUAG